AUGUCUUCUCGUCUGCGACCUUUACAACGUCUUACUACUACACCUCUCAGUCCAAGACAAGUUGCGCUUCGAUCCUCACGAAUCACUCCAUUGCAAUUGAACAGAAUGGCGUCCAACAGUACCUCUCUAGCAACCCUCGAUAUUCAACAACACCCCGGCCUCCGCUCCUCUUCCGCGACCCUGUUCGAGGCAAAGGCAAAGAAGCAGGUUACAUUUGAAGAGAUUAGCAAGAAGUUGGGCAGAGAUGAAGUUGCAGUAGCAGCUCUGUUCUAUGGACAGGCAAAGGCCUCGCCCGAGGACAUCAAGAACUUGUCGGAGUACUUUGAUAUUGAUCACGCGACACUGGAGCAGCAGAUGAGCGGGUUCCCAGACCGCGGAAAGAGCGUUGAGAUGCCUCCCAAGGAGCCAUUGAUCUACCGUUUGUACGAGAUUGUGCAAAACUACGGCUAUGCAUACAAGGCGGUCUUGAACGAGAAGUUUGGUGAUGGUAUUAUGAGUGCCAUCUCAUUCUCCACGCAUGUUGAGAAAGAGGUGGACAAGGAUGGCAACACAUGGGUCAACAUCAACCUCCGAGGAAAGUGGUUGCCAUUUACCCGAUUUUAG